AAUUGCUGAAGAACACAAUAUAUUCAAUACAACCCUAAAUUGAAGAACGGGGGCUUCUACUUUCGCCGGUCGGACAACGACGACAUUUUUUCCGGCGAAACUUGUUCCGGCAUCUACUCCAAAUUCUCAUUAUCAGGAUAGAAGAAUCAAAAUAAAUGUCGAUAAAAGGUAGGAAAUUUGCUGGAAAGGGGGAGGCAGUGGCAUCACAUUAUGCAUUUGGCCCACUUGAAGACGAUAUAAUUAUUAAGCAUAGACUUCUGACUCGGACAACCACCACCAGAGGUGAACCACCACUGAAGAAACUUCAGAAGAAGUUCACUACUUUUGCUUUGGAAAUAGAGAAGGAAGCUGAUAACUACAAUGAUUGUGAAAGACUUGCCAAAGCAUUCUUGCAAGAGCUAAAUACUUUUGAGAUUCCGCUCCUAAAGAGCAAAGUAGUCAUAGAUGCGAAUGUUAGAGAAAAGGAGAAUUUUAAUGACCUGAAGGGUGAAAUCAACAAGCAAAUUGUACAGGCUCAGGCUGACAUAGAAGAUCUCAAGAGGCAACUCGAAGAAAGCAAGGUUGAAAGGAAGCACAAAGAAGAGGGUGAGGCUAUCAGGAAGUUGAUUGCUAUGCAGCCUCCAAGAUCAGAAACUCAGAAGGUUAUAACAGAGCUUGAGAAAGAGAUAGCUAUGUUGGAAGCAGAGAAUACUGCUAGUUCGAGGACAUUGGACCUUCGUAAAAAGCAGUUUGCCCUUUUAUUGCAUGUGGUUGAUGAGUUGCAGAACACAAUAGAGGAAGAGCAAAGGAAUUUGGUCGAAGAGAUGAGGAAUGUAGUUGAUGAUCAUAACAAGAGUGGAUUGGAGGAUGCUACCAUGGGUCCUGAAGCAAUGGCUGUUGAUUACCAAGUGAAUCCUUAGUUCUUGUAUACUGGGUUACUCUUACGUUCAUGUUUCAUACUGGCUGGUCACUUAUUGCAGAAUUCUGUUUAACUGUACCAAUAGAUAAGUCUGCUAUUUAAAAGUGAGACAACGAUUGGGGGUCUUGCUGUAUAUAUGAUGUUUCUGCAAGCUGUAAGAAAGCUUUGAAUGCUGCUCGUUUUUAAGGUGUAUUAUCGGUAUUCAGAUCUUGGAGUGCUGCUAGGUUUUUCCAGGUAAAUGUUUUUACUGCAAUGAGUACGAUUUGCAAUCUCAGCAUCCAGAUAAAAAUGCUAAGCUAGCAAUGCACAAAUACUAUUAGGUUGCACAUCUGGUGUUACCGGAGAAACAUUUGCUUCGUUAACAGUCUCUUCUAUUGUGCUUACCAGGAAUAUCUUUGGAUCGUCGCGAAAGCUUUAUUUCUUUUGAGAUUUGCUCAGGGUCUAUUGGAGUUCAAUCCUGUGAUGUAUAAUACUUGGUGAGAUGGAUUUGAUCAUAUUGUUGUGUAGGAUUCUUUACCUUUUAUAUUGGAUUUGGCAUUCUAGUGUUCAAUGGAACAAGGGUUAGUUCGUGUUUCUAAAUUGAAAAAUCGAGAAUGUUUUUACUAUUUGUCCCUUUGGGCGUUAAAAGAGCUAUGUGAUA